CACAGUCAGAUCGCAAACUGUGUUUGUGUCUCACAUUCUUGUCAUUUUCGUCAUGGAUCUCGAGAAGGAGAGAGUGGUCGCUCUGGUGGACAUGGACUGUUUCUAUGUGCAAGUGGAGCAGAGAAUCAAUCCCGAACUGAAGAAUAAGCCGUGUGUUGUAGCUCAAUACAAGACAUGGAAAGGAGGAGGUAUUAUUGCAGUGAGUUAUGAAGCUCGAGCACAUGGCGUCACCAGAAACAUGUGGGCAGAUGAAGCCAAGAAGCUGUGCCCUGAUCUGCAGGUGGCUCGGGUCAGAGAGUCACACGGGAAGGCUGAUCUCACCCAUUACAGGGAGGCCAGUGUGGAGGUGAUCGAGGUGAUGUCACGAUUUGCUGUCAUUGAGAGAGCGAGUAUUGAUGAAGCAUACAUGGAUCUCACAGCGAACGUGCAGCAGAGAUUAAAGGAUAUGGCUGACCUGUACAUUAAUCCACUCCAUCUGAAGAGCACUUAUGUACAAGGAUUUCCACAAAUCGGUUCCAAUGAAGAGGCACGGAGUGAGAACGCAGAACUAGAUAAAGAAGAAGAGCGGUCCAGAGGUCUGCUGCAGUGGCUGGACUUGGUGUCCUCCUGCUCGCAGUCUAACAGUGCAGAGCUGCAUCUGGCAGUGGGCGCUCUUCUAGUGGAGGAGAUGAGGGCCGCAGUGGAGGAACACACUGGAUUCUGCUGUUCUGCUGGGAUCUCACACAACAAGGUGUUAGCCAAACUCGCAUGUGGGUUGAACAAGCCCAAUCGCCAAACAGUUCUGCCACUGGGAUCCGUUCCCCAACUCUUCAGCACACUUCCCAUCAAAAAAAUUCGUAAUCUGGGAGGGAAGCUGGGGAAGUCCGUGACUGAGACUCUCGGGGUGGAAAACAUGGGAGAUCUCAUUCAGUUCACCAAGAGCCAGCUGGAGCAGCACUUCGGAGAGAAGACUGGGCAAUGGUUGUAUGACUUGUGCAGAGGGAUCGAGUUUGAGCCGGUAAUACCUCGCCAGCUCCCAAAAUCCAUCGGCUGCAGCAAGAACUUUCCAGGAAUAACAUGUUUGGCUACAAAAGAAAAGGUGCAGUACUGGCUUCAUCAGUUGGCCCUUGAGUUAGAGGAAAGACUGAACAAAGACAGAGAGACGAACGGGCGAGUGGCGAAACUGCUGACGGUGGGCUUGCGGCAGGCAGGAGAUAAAAAACCUAACAGUUUCUCUCGCUGCUGUGCUCUUACACGAUAUGAUGUCACAAAGAUCACCACAGACAGCUUCGCUAUCAUCAAGAGCCUCAAUACCGCAGGCAACCACCAGGAGGCGUGGUCUCCUGCCUUGACUUGCCUUCAUCUGUCAGCCAGUAAGUUCAGUGAUACACCAUCAGCUUCAUCAGGAGGAAUAGCCAGCUUCCUUUGCAGCGAUGCUCCUUCAACACAGUCUCUACUGGUCUCUCCACAGACCCCUACUGCCCCCAAAAUUCAGCCAAAGAGUCCAGGAGUCAUCCAGUCUUUGUUCGAGAGAGCCGCUGAAAAGAAAAGGAAGCAAGCGGAAGAAGCUUGUAAAGAUGAACCUUCCCCACAGACAUUCUUGUCACCCACUCCUGUGGAAAACAAAUCCUCUCAAUGCACAGCUUCACCUCAGAGAGCCACAGGAGGAUUCAGAACUGGCAUCUCUUCUUUCUUCCAAAGAAAGGGCUUGGAGAAAAGCCUUCAGCUCACAAACUCGCUCUUCAGUGGUGAAAACAAGACCAAUCCAGCUGAAGUUAACAUGUUUGAGCAGAACUCCUCCAAUGAACCAAGUGUCUCCCUCUCUGGUCCCUCUGAUUACUCAUCAUGCACUUCAGAUGCCAGUGUAUCCAGUGAAGAUCUUCACACCUGUGAACUCUGUGGUCAGAAAGUGUUGGUCUGGGACGUACCUGAGCACACGGACUAUCAUGUCGCUCUGGACUUGCAGAAUUCAUUCACCUCCACAUCAUCUUCUUCAGCCUCCAGUGACAGCUACGUCAAAGCCGGAACACCUCAGUCAUCCCGCGGGAAGAGCCGGACAAAGAUUCAGAGCGGACCGCAGGCUAAGAAAGCCAGAGCACAGGGAAGCACAGCGACGCUGGACUCCUUCUUUAAGAAGACUUAAUGCAGGUAUAUUGUGUGUGUUUUUUAAAGCCAGCACUCUACGUCCAUCAACAAGAUUUUAAUAUCAAGUUUUUUCAUAAGGAAUGCUCUUUUGUGUCACAAAAGCCAAAAUAUUCUGUCUAAUUUAAAUAAUAAAUAUAAAAACAGACUAUUAUGUUCCAAAUGUCCUCUGUCCAACUCUGUGUGACCAUUUCAGGAAAAAUGAAAAAUAAAAUUCUAAAAAAUUAAAAUAAAAGAAUCAUGUUGUUGUUAAAUUGAGCAUAAUCAGACCACUGCACUCAAAUGGAUACAUGCAGUAUGUGGGUAUAAACACACACUCUGCUAUAUUUAUAUUGUGUGUGUGUGUGUGUGUGUGUACACACACACACAUCAAUCAGCCAAAUUAAGACCACCUGCCUAAUAUUGUAUAUGUUCCCCUCGUGCCGCCAAAACGGCUCCAAUCCAGAAUAGCAAUAUGAGAUGAUAUUCUUACCACAAUUGUACAGAGCGGUUAUCUGAGUUACUGUAGACUUUGUCAGUUCAAACCAGUCUGGCCAUUCUCUGCUGAUCUCUCUCAUCAACAAGGCAUUUCCUUCCACAUAACUGCCGCGCUCUGGAUGUUUUUUGUUUUUGGCACCAUUCAGAAUACAUUCUAGAGACUGUUGUGUGUGAAAACCCCAGAGAUCAGCUACUCUGAAGUACAACUGAAGUUACAUUGCCAGAUCAGCAGUUACAGAAAUACUCAAACCAGCCAACAAUCAUUCAUGCUAUUAUCUAAUCAGCCAAUCGUGUGGCAGCAGUGCAUAAAAUCAUGCAGAUAUGGGUCAGGAGCUUCAGUUAAUGUGAUCUCAGAUAAAUGCUCAGUACAAUUUUGAUGAGAAGAAUAUAAUCUAAGAAUGCUAUUCUGGCACACUUUUGGUGGCACGAGGGGGACCUACACAAUAUUAGGCAGAUGGUUUGGAUGUUGUGUGUGUGUGUGUGUGUGUGUGUGUGUGUGUGUGUGUGUGUGUGUGUGUGUGUGUGUGUGUGUGUGUGUGUGUGUGU